AUGCCGGUGGUGUUGGACGAUGGCGAUGCUGGCAUCUUUCUCAGCCUCUCCAUGUGUCGCCUUACACUUAUUUCCAAGGACAAUCCAGAUGACCUCAUGGCAGACAACCCUGAUGUCAGAUGUACAAUUGCCUGCACUGAGAAUUGCAGUUCAAAAAAUGUAACUGUGGAAACAGGAACCAGUAGUAACGAUAAUUUAUCAGUAAACUCUACAAUUGGGAACAAAACCUAUGUAGGUGGAGGAUCAUCCAUGGAUGUGUCACUAUACGACACCGCAAAAAGUGAUCAUAACAAUGUAACACAGCUCAACCUAGUCCAUGGUCUCAAGCCGAAAUACAUUGGUAUGACUUCUAUCAACUUAACAUGGUCAAUGGGCGACGCUGCUUCCAACUCCUACACGUACAGGAUAGAGGUUGCAAAUGGUACCUCUGUUUGGAACCUGACAUCCAGUGUCACUGAAGUCGAGAUUACUGGGUUAAUCCCUGGGACGAUGUACAAUUUCACAGUAUUUGCAGCAGUGAAUGACAGUCAGACGGAAGGAGAAGGGGUGUCCAUAUGCCUGUAUACAAAGCCCAGCCCAGUCCAUGGUCUCAAGCCGAAAUACAUUGGUGUGACUUCUAUCAACUUAACAUGGUCAGUGAGCGAUGCUGAUUCCACCUCCUACACGUACAGGACAGAGGUUGCAAAUGGUACCUCUGUUUGGAACCUGACGUCCGAUGUCAGUGAAGUCGAAAUUACUGGGUUAAUCCCUGGGACGAUGUAUAAUUUCACAGUAUUUGCAGCAGUGAAUGCCAGUCAGACAGAAGGAGAAGGGGUGUCCAUAUACCUGUAUACAAAGCCCAGCCCAGUCCAUGGUCUCAAGCCGAAAUACAUUGGUGUGACUUCUAUCAACUUAACAUGGUCAGUGGGCGAUGCUGAUUCCACCUCCUACACGUACAGGAUAGAGGUUGCAAAUGGUACCUCUGUUUGGAACCUGACGUCCGAUGUCACUGAAGUCGAAAUUACUGGGUUAAUCCCUGGGACGAUGUAUAAUUUCACAGUAUUUGCAGCAGUGAAUGACAGUCAGACGGAAGGAGAAGGGGUGUCCAUAUGCCUGUAUACAAAGCCCAGCCUAGUCCAUGGUCUCAAGCCGAAAUACAUUGGUAUGACUUCUAUCAACUUAACAUGGUCAGUGGGCGAUGCUGAUUCCACCUCCUACACGUACAGGAUAGAGGUUGCAAAUGGUACCUCUGUUUGGAACCUGACGUCCAAUGUCACUGAAGUCGAAAUUACUGGGUUAAUCCCUGGGACGAUGUAUAAUUUCACAGUAUUUGCAGCAGUGAAUGACAGUCAGACGGAAGGAGAAGGGGUGUCCAUAUGCCUGUAUACAAAGCCCAGCCCAGUCCAUGGUCUCAAGCCGAAAUACAUUGGUGUGACUUCUAUCAACUUAACAUGGUCAGUGGGCGAUGCUGAUUCCACCUCCUACACGUACAGGAUAGAGGUUGCAAAUGGUACCUCUGUUUGGAACCUGACGUCCGAUGUCACUGAAGUCGAAAUUACUGGGUUAAUCCCUGGGACGAUGUAUAAUUUCACAGUAUUUGCAGCAGUGAAUGACAGUCAGACGGAAGGAGAAGGGGUGUCCAUAUGCCUGUAUACAAAGCCCAGCCCAGUCCAUGGUCUCAAGCCGAAAUACAUUGGUGUGACUUCUAUCAACUUAACAUGGUCAGUGGGCGAUGCUGAUUCCACCUCCUACACGUACAGGAUAGAGGUUGCAAAUGGUACCUCUGUUUGGAACCUGACGUCCGAUGUCACUGAAGUCGAAAUUACUGGGUUAAUCCCUGGGACGAUGUAUAAUUUCACAGUAUUUGCAGCAGUGAAUGACAGUCAGACGGAAGGAGAAGGGGUGUCCAUAUGCCUGUAUACAAAGCCCAGCCCAGUCCAUGAUCUUGAGGCCAAAUAUAUUGGCAUGACUUCUGUCAACUUAACAUGGUCAGGGGGCGAUGCUGAUUCCAACUCCUACACGUACGGGAUAGAGGUUGCAAAUGGUACCUCUGUUUGGAACCUGACGUCCAGUGUCGCUGAAGUUGAAAUUACUGGGUUAAUCCCUGGGACGAUGUAUAAUUUCACAGUAUUUGCAGCAGUGAAUGACGGUCAGACGGAAGGAGAAGGGGUGUCCAUAUGCCUGUAUACAAAGCCCAGCUCUGUUUUCCAUAUCUGGGCAGAAUAUACUAGUCUCUGAUUCUUCCCAUGGAGCACAGAUGAUGCUUCUAACUACACCUACAGGAUAGAGAUCCAAAGUCAUGGUUCCUCCUCUAGAAACCAGACAUCCGUUGUCACCAGCGCUGUUAUUACAGACGUGAACCCUGGAACCUUCUAUAAUUUCACUCUAUUUGUAGGAGUAGCUGACAGUGUUACUGAAGGAAAAGAAAUAUUUAUAAAAUGCACCCCUCUCUCAGUGAAUUCAUUUCAGUGUGAACCAGUGGCCAAAGAGUCUUACCUAAUGCUGAAGUGGAAAUGUCCUUCUGGGAACAAUUCUGGCUUCAAAAUUAUAACACAUAAUAGUACAUGGAAAGAUGAAAAAGAGAUUACAUCCUGCUUGAAAGAAGGCUCAGAGGAAAACACCACAACAGCAGAUUUAAAUUAUUUCAGCACCUAUAAUGUUACAAUAGUAACUCUUGCAAAUAGUUCUGAAAGCCUUCCAGUACGGAAAAUGUGUACCACAAGCAUUACUGACCCACCUCCAAGCAGAGCUCCUUUAGUCAAGGCAGUGAGUCACAGGUCGUUGUCUGUUGAAUUCUCUGAUUUUGAGUCAGUGAAUGGACCAUUAAAAGCCUAUGCAGUAAUGAUCACAACAGAACACGGUUGUAGUUCUUUGAAGUCUAAAUUGAACAACACGUACAAAGAUUUCAAAGAGAAGACGACAUUCACCUAUGUAACAUAUGUCAUAGAUCUAGAGCAGGCAAAAUCACCUUCUUUCCAUUCUCAGAAUGGUACAAACAUCGUUAACGUAGGCGAGGGAAACACAAUGUAUGGCUACGAAAAUGGACCACUGAUUCCACUUCAUUCAUACAGAGCAAGUGUUGCAGGUUUCACUAAUAUAACCUUUACUGUGGACAGCAUCAUUAUGGGGGAAGAUAGUUAUGUAUCGUUUUCACCCUGUUCUGAGGCGGUUUUGCUACCCCAGGAUCCAGGUGUUAUCGCCGGAGCCGUUAUUGGAUCCCUUUUAGCUAUAUUGGCUGUAGUGGCUAUAGUGGGUUUCAUAUUCUGGAGAAGAAGAAGGAAAGACAAAAGAAAUACUGAAGUGUCCUUUUCUCCAAUUAAAGUCAAGAAAUCAAAAAUGAUUAAGGUGGAGAACUUUGAAUCCUACUUUAAGAAGCAGCAUGCUGACUCCAACUGUGGUUUUGCUGAAGAGUAUGAGGAACUCAAGUCUGCUGGUGUUCAUCAACCCAAAUUUGCUGCUGAACUUGCUGAGAACAGGGGAAAAAAUAGAUACAACAACGUCUUACCAUAUGAUAUUUCUCGUGUUAAACUUUCAGAUCAGAGCUCUGCAACUGGUGAUUAUAUUAAUGCAAGCUAUAUGCCUGGCUAUAACUCAAAGAAGGCAUUUAUUGCUGCACAGGGUCCUUUACCCAACACUAUAGAAGACUUCUGGCACAUGAUUUGGGAAAAGAAUAUCUACUCUAUUGUUAUGUUAACAAAAUGUGUUGAACAAGCCCGGACAAAAUGUGAGCAAUACUGGCCAGACAAACAAUCCAAGAGCUAUGGUGACAUUAUUGUGACAAUGGUCUCGGAGAUUGUCCUUCCAGAAUGGACAAUAAGGGACUUCACUGUAGAAAAGUCCAACACACCAGAGAGCCACACAGUGCGCCAGUUCCAUUUCACCUCCUGGCCAGAUCACGGCGUGCCAGAGACAACAGACCUUCUAAUCAACUUUAGACACCUUGUUCAUGAGUACAGCAGUCAGAAUCCAAUCGACUCUCCUACUCUGGUGCACUGCAGUGCUGGUGUCGGAAGGACAGGGACGUUCAUUGCCAUUGACCGCCUGAUUCAGCAGAUUGAAAUGGAGAAUACUAUAGAUGUAUAUGGAGUGGUAUAUGAUCUUCGCAUGCACCGACCUUUAAUGGUGCAGACUGAGGACCAGUAUGUCUUCCUAAACCAGUGUGUUUUGGAUAUUAUUAGAUCUCAGAAAGACAAGAAAACCGAUCUGAUUUACCAAAACAUGACAGCAAUGGCAAUCUAUGAAAAUUUCACCCCUGGGCCAGGCUUUGGGAAGGCCAAUGGCUACCAUGCAUAAUCUGGAAGGAAAGCAGUGUCUCCAGGAGGUGUUACCUGCACAUAGGAAAGGGAGAUGUUCUACUCAUGUUUUCCAUGUGUGCAGUGUCUCAUGUCUGGUUUCUCCAGUUCUGUCCUCAUUUGAAGAUGCGAUCUACAGGAGGAAAAACACAAUGCUGGCAGGAGCCACAGGUUGAUAUUAAAAAAAAAAAAAAAAGGCAAACAAGCAAAACUAAAGUUAACAGAGGAAUCCUGCUUUUUCUUGGGAAUUUAACAGUGCUGAUAGGUGAAAUAGCAUUUACAGUAUGAACAGUGAACUAGAAUUUAAAAAUUAAAAUAAUAACACAAGCUUUUUAUUACAAUUUUAUAUGAUUUCAUUUACAGAUACCAGGCUUGUGGGCUGUUUUAAUAUAUUUAAUUAUAAUUUUCAGGAACAUAUUUUAUCUACUGUAUCUGGUUACUUAGCUAAUAGAUAUGUGCCUCUGAUUUAUUUUUUUUCUGUGUUCCUUUUUAUUUAAAA